UCCCUCUUUUGUUUCCAGAAUGACAACAGCAGACAGAAAUAGAAUCUUCUCCACCGUGCAAUGCCAUAAAUCGCUGCUGCCUGCCUGCCCAUCCUGGCCAGCAGCUGUGGCUCCCUCCUUCCUUCCCUCCCUCCCUUUCUCCUCCAUGCUAAUGGACGUUAGUCUUCAGCCAAGCUGCAUGUAGAGAGAGGGAGAAGGCUACUGUCGGAUGGUGUUUGAUGGUGACCCUUGUCUGUUUAAUUGUUUCUAGAUAAAUCUCCAUUUGACUGGUUGGAUUUCCCUCUUUUCAUUGCCAAGAGUCCCUUGUUUGCUUUCCCGUCUCGUUAGGAGAAAUUGGAAUGUACAAAAAUCACAUAAAAGACACCAACAACAACUACAAUAAAAGCCUUCUCCCUGACCAUAAGGAGAAGCUGAUCCAGGCUAUUAAAAGAAUAAAGCAUGAGGUAGACGAGUGCUGGGAGGCAGAGAGAGAGACGUACAUAUGGUCUGUUGGUGUAGAGAGAUGUUUUGAUAAUCUGGAACGGGAGGUCCGAGCUGAGUUCCAGAACCUCCAUCGCUUCCUGGACGAAGAGGAGACCAUGGACAUGGAGCGACUGAAGAAGGAGAAAGAGAAGAGGGUGAAGCUGCUUAGGGAGAGAGAGAAGAAGAUCGCCAUGCAGGGAAGAGAUCUAGAGAGAGGCAUUGCCACGCUAAACAACAAACUGGCCGAGGAAGACAGUCCCAGACUGCUCAAAGAGAUUCAAGACCUCUUGAAAAGGUCCCAGGUGGCUUUCAUACCGCCUCCGCAGGUGGAUGUGGAGGUGCGAUCAGCACACUUUGUGGGGCCCAUCCAGUACAGGAUAUGGAAACACAUGAAGAGCUGCCUGUACCCAAAUAUCACUGAAGUGACCUUUGACCCAGAGACAGCCCACCCCCUCCUCACCCUCUCCCCUAGCUGCACUUCUGUGUGGUUCGAGGAGGACAAAGUUAUCCCCAAGGCCUCGGAGGAGGAGCAGCCCCCCAACCCCCGCUGCUUCCACUACUACUACAGUGUCAUGGGCCGAGAAGGUUUCAUCACCGGACGCCAUUACUGGGAGGUGGAGGUGGGCCGCAAGACAGCGUGGCGGCUGGGUGUGGCCAGGGAGGACGUCCACCGGGGGGAGAUGGACUCCAGCGGGACCAGUAACGGUCUCUGGACCCUAUCCCUGAAGGGAGGGGCCAUCUUGGCCUGUACAGACCCCAAACCCACCAAGGUCCCGGUGUCCAUCAGGCCCGUCCGGAUCGGAGUGUUCUUAGACUGUGAGAAGGAGGAAGUAGCGUUCUAUAACGCUGUUACCAUGACGCCGCUGUACACAUUCUCCAUGGAAACGGUGUUCGUUCCGCUGAUCCCCUUCUAUAACCCAUGUGACACGGACGAUGGGAGGAACCUGGGUCCCCUAAACCUCUUCAGCCCCUCUAUAUGAGAGUACAGAGAACCAAGGAGAACCAAGGUUGUACUGGAGUAUAUUUAGUUUGGGGUGCGGUGGAAGGAUAGAGAGAAUUUGUAAAUGGUUUGUUUUAUACAGUGUGUGUUUCUGGUAUAAUUUCAUAGCUGGCUGGAAGCAUGAUGUAAAUUGUAUCAGUUAAAAAAUCCAAUGAGUUUAUGAUAUGCAUUUACAUUUACCAGGGGAGGCUGGUGUAAGGAGCUAUAGGAGGACGGGCUAAUUGCAAUGGAAUGGAAUCAAUGGAACGGAGUCAACGAGGUUUCCAUAUGUUUGAUGUGUUUGAUACUGUUCAAUUUAUUCCAUUCCACCCAAUACAAUGAGCCCAUCCUCCCACACCCCUCCACUGACAUGUACCUAACCAGCUCUAUGGUAUAGCACUAUCAAUUCAUGUUUAUGCCAUUGCGUUCAGUUGUUUGCAUUGUGGUUUGAAUAUUGACAUUUUAUUGGCAUUAAAUACACAAAUAAAUAGGUAAACAAAUGAACACAAAACCUUGGUCUGUGCUCAUAACACCAGAAUGUGAUAUUUUUGUCAUAUUGUCACAUAAUAGGUUAUGAAUGUAGAAAAACCAGACUAAGGUAUCGAAAACAAGUCCCAAAAAUGAGCAAAGGCCAAAUGCCAGUAUCCUAGUGGGGGUAGAUACCACAGGGCCUCAGGACUUAACAGUAGGGGUUAACUGCACAAUGAUGUUACCUUUGGCCCAUCUAUAAAUACUGUGGUCAUGCAUCCACAGCUGUGACACUUUGUCAGCAGUCCAAAUGUCACCCUAUUCCCUAUAUAGUGCACUACUUCUGACCAGGGCCCAUGGGCCCUAGUAAAAAGUAGUGCACUAAAUAGGGAAUAAGGUGCCAUUUGGGAUGUAUCUAUUGUGGCAUGGGUAUGGGAGAAAUGUAGGGGAGGGGGGUGGGAAGAGGGAGGAAGAGGACACACAGGGUGACACUGGAGAGUGUGACACUGUGGGAAAACAACUAAAUGUGUGUGACAUUGAGUAAGAUGACUGACGUGAGGUAGCAUGACAACACCGUCACAUUUACAGAGACCAAGGCUUCCUCAGUGAGCGCGGCCAUGAGUAUGAUAUCUUACACUAUGCACGGUGUGCCAGAUAGACAGCUAGGAGAAAAGUGCUCCACGAAAUGAGAUCGUAAAAU